UAUUUUGCGAUCCAAGAAUCGCAAUCUUAUCGCCUAGCUGUGGUGCGGGAGGGGCGGCGAUCUCUGGCGCCAUGACGUCCUACGCUGCCGCAUUGGGAUCGCCAUGGCUUGGACGUCCGAUCCAGCUGCGCAAGCUCCGAGGAGGUUCCCGGGGUCGUAUUUCCAGCGCCAGCGCUGGAUUCCGGGUGAGCGUCGCGAGCUUGGAGCGCAGUAUGAUGGAAUCCAGUGUCGGGAAUGCAUUGCGGGAGAGUGGUCUUUUUUUCCAUAAGACGAUCUUGCAAGACUCGUUGGAAGUGCUUCCCAGCUCGCAGACUUCUCUGGAAUGGUGGGCUGUCGCAGCACCGGCAAUGCUUUGGUUCUUGCUGGCUUCUCCUGGCGGCAUUUCUGGCGUUGUUGACUUCCUCGCUUCUCCUUUGCAUGCUCGUCGUCAAAGGGAAUUCCCAGCCAAUGAAGUUGAGGUUGGAAGACGCAUUGGAGAAGGAUCGUUCGGAAUCGUCUAUGAUGGAUACAUUGGCCGAGGAACCAAUGGCGACGAGGGCAUGCAUGUCAUUUUGAAGAAAGCGAAAGCUCAAGUUUCGGGCUCUUCAGAAAUGCACAAUACGGAAGUGUACAUGAACCGGUACUUGCAGAGAAACGCGCCAGAGGCUGUGGCUGAUUUUCUGGGAACGGUGCGAGUCAAGCAGGAUCAAGUCAAAAGAAAGUUAACAGAGGGGCUGUGGCUAGUGUGGAAGUUUCAAGGCUACCAUACGUUGAAUCACUACAUGAAACAAAAGACAUUUCCAGAGAAUCUCUCAAAGCAACUUCUCGGAGACAGUGCCACAAACAAGCGUUAUGGCUCUACAAACCAACGACAAAAUGCUCUAAUUCUCCGAACUAUAAUGACUCACUUGUUAUAUAACCUACAACAAAUCCAUGGAACCGGCGUUGUGCACCGUGAUGUAAAGCCAUUAAAUCUAAUUCUCGCUGGCGAUACGGAUACUUUUAAGCUCGUUGACCUUGGCGCAUGUGUCAAUCUACGGUCCGGUUACAAUUACGUUCCAAACGAAACAAUCAUGGACCCAGAUUAUGCACCUCCUGAGCAGUACGUCAUGCCGACGAGAACGCCAAGGCUUCCUCCUGAUCCACUUUGCUCGCUAAUCUCGCCACUCAUCUGGCUUUUGAAUACUCCAGAUCGUUUUGACGUAUUCUCAGCUGGUUUGGUGAUGAUGCAGUUGUCUGUAAAAUCUUUGCGACAUGAGAGUGCGAUGAAGCACUUUUCUGGAGAACUUAAGCGCGCAGGAUACGAUUUGAACAAGUGGAGGAAAAAAUGUCAAGUUCCGAAGGAAGAGUUUUCCCUUUUGGAUGCUGAUGAUGGCGCUGGCUGGGAGCUUGUAACUGCUUUGCUUCAACCGCGGCACGACAAGGCAUUCAUGAUUUGGCCCAGCCUUGUGAGAGGUCGUCCUUCUGCAGCAGCUGCACUGAAGCACCGUUUCUUUAGAGGGACUCGUCGUGUGGAGCCGAUCAAGAUUGAAUUUCCGAAGUUUCCUCCUAACUUCGAACCAGCGGCUGUCCCGAUGGCUGCCCUUUCCCUGAUGGCAGAAUCUGGUGCUGGAAUCAAAGUGUUACAAGAGAAAGUGGUGGGCGAAAUGGCUACUAAACUCAAGAGCCCAGAGUUCACAUAUGCUAUUACAGCAGCUAUUCCCAUAGCUGCGUUGAUCUGUUUGGGAUUAUCUUCGGGCUGGAUGCUGAUGCAAGGGCUUCAAACGUCAGCACAGUUGUCCUACGGGGUCAGCCAGAAUCUUGGGAUAACUGGCCCAGCCUCGGCUGCGUUUUGCCUUUUCGUUCUCAAGCAAUUGCUCGUCGGUUCAGCGGCUAAAACCAACAAAAACGACCAGCGGAGUACCAGCACCGGACUUGCGAGCGUUUCCGGCUAUGGUGAAGUGAGAAGACUAGCGGAAGAAGUUGGAGCCUUGGACACUCGCCUGGGCUCGCUUGAAGCGCUGGUGACAAUCGACAGUGGAGAGUCACUGGAAGACAAGCACUAUCAGCAAAUUGCUCGGAUGCAAAGCCUGUUGGCGCAACCGCAGCGAUAACUUGUAAGUGGCUUCUAUUCUCAACUUCGUUCUCAGGGAAAUCAAUCAUCCAUGCCUUGAGAAUAGCUUUGCAAAAUUUAUCUUUGUGCUAAGGGGAUGUAGCUCAGAUGGUAGAGCGCUCGCUUAGCAUGCGAGAGGCACCGGGAUCGAUACCCGGCAUCUCCAAGUCCCGGCAGGCAUGUCAACCCCAAAGUUUCAAGAAUUAAGUUUUCCAAAUAUCGGCGCGAACGACCAUCCUUUUUUUUAUCGUUCCUGGUGCACGAGAUUCGACAGUGAUUUAACAGGUCCGAUUCAUGA